AUGAAGUUUGCGUGUUGCAAAUCGACCACAGGUGGCAGUAGUGACAUUAUUACUUGCACUAAAUGCCGACAAAAUUACCAUGUUCAGUGCCUCUUCGCAACAGAUAGUAAAAAAGAAUUAAAACAUGAGUUGAAAAAACAUUGGAUGUGCCCGGAGUGCUCUUUACUGAUACCGAGGCAAACAAAUAAUGAUAAUACCCCUAUACGUAGUAGUGGUGUCAAUACUAAGUCAAAUGAAAAUAUUAAUUUUAAAAGAGGUGGUAGUUCAUUGUCAACUAUUCAGGUGGACACCUGUGAAGAGGCCGGGAUAAAUAAUAAUAAUCUACUUGAGUUAAUUAGGUCGGUUGUUACUUCGGAAAUUUCUAGCUUGAAGGAUGAAUUUAAAUCAGCAUUCGUUCCACUCAAGGAAGAAUUAAUUUCGAUUCGCCAGGAUUUCAAUUUUAUAAAGGAAUCCUUGAACUUCUUUAGUUCAAAAUAUGAUAGUUUAAAUUCACGUAUUGAGAAAUGUGAAAAAGAACUUCAUCAGUAUAGUGAAAAGGUAUCUGAGUUCGAGGAAAUAAAAUCUACAAUGCAAUCAAUCCUUACUGAAAACAAUAAUCGUGAGCAAUGGGCUCGUCGAUCGAAUAUUGAAAUUUAUGGAAUUCCAGAACAAAAAAAUGAAAAUCUCUAUUCUAUUUUACAAAACGUUGCAAGCAAAACCUCAAUAAAAAUUGAUCCUGGCACUGACAUUGAUUUUAUCACCAGAGUUGCCACCAAAAACAAGAAUAAAGAUGGUAAAAAAUGUAAGCCUAUCAUAGUUAAAUUUUUAUGCCGCUGGAAAAAAGAUGAAUUCCUCGCACAGGCAAGAAAACUAAAGAUUAGGUGUAAUGAUUUAGGAUUUUCUAACAACUAUAAUAACAUUUACUUUAAUGAGCACCUAACAAGCACAAAUAAAACCUUGCUACUAUCUGUAAAAAAAAUAGCAAAGGAGAAGAAUUAUAAAUAUGUUUGGAUAAAGAAUUGCAGCAUAAUGAUAAGACGUUCUGACAACAGUGCUGUGCUGAAUAUAUCAAAUAUGAAGGAUUUAAACAAAAUUGUA